AUCUACAAUCUAAAGAAAAUGUCCUAUCAGCAGCAGCAACAAUGCAAAGUUCCCUGCCAGCCCCCUCCCCAGGUCCCUGAGCCCUGCCCUCCCAAGGUGCCUGUGCCUUGCCCUCCCAAGGUGCCUGAGCCGUGUCCCCCACCUCCUGGCCAGCAGGAGUAUCCCCCUGUUAAGUGCCCCCCUGGCCAGCAAAAAUACCCGCCGAAGUAGAAGUGACACCUCUGAAGCCACCCUCUCCGACCUGGUCAUGAAGCACCCCCUUGCUCACUCCUGCCCCAUCACUUCCAGCAACAACAGGGAGCACACACAACCUAGAAGAUGCUGCCUCUCUUGAGACUCAAGAAGAAAGAUAUUGUCAUAGUCUACUGGAUUUUCCUCCUCCAAUCAACGACUCCUCCCAGCUCCUCUCCCAGGAAGCCACACGAUUUAGACAGAAGUGCCAUGUUCUCAGACCCUUCCCUAGAGGCCAUAUGUGUUCUUGCCCUUCUCCAUCCACUGUCCUGGUCGGGACCAGGCCAGACUUUCCAGCUGCCAUCUCCUCUACCACAUUGCCUUCUGCUGGUUGUACAAGCUCACUACAAGGACACAGAUUUCCUUGCUCAGCAAUCUGCCUCCGUGGGUUUCAACUCCAUGAAAGUUUCUAGGAGCAAACAUGAUUGAAAAAUUAAAACAAGGGAACUGUUUAAAUCAAUUGAAAGUUUCCUAGAGUUCUUCACAGCACAACUGCACACUCUUUAGCGAAGAGAACGAGGUCUUCUGUUUGUUAUUUCCCACAACCCCUAAGAAAGCUCACCCCUCCCUCUGGACUCUGACUCCAUUAAAAUGACUCCAUGCUCUAUGAUGCUCCUUCCUCCCUGCUUCUCAAUAAAAAAUAUGCAUCCCUGA